AUGGCUGUUCUGUCGGUUGUCCGCGGUUCUGGUAUCCGCCUCGUGCGCAGUGCUUCGGUUCAAGUCUUGCGCGCGCCAGUCUUGAUUCGCACUUUCGCCUCGACUCGUGCUCUUGGCGAUGAGAAGUCUAUCAACGUCGUCUCCUACACCAAGUCCGGCCAGCGCGAGCAGGAGACUCUCUCAGUCCCUACUGCCACCGAGCCUGUCAACCCUCCUGGUCAGGACAUCGAGGUUGCUGCUCAGCCCCUCAAGGCCGAGCUGCUUGAGCUCCUUCCUCCCACCAUGAAGAAGUUCACUCUCUGCGACCAGGUCGCUGUUAUUACCGGGUAA